GGGUCUGAAAGAAGCUACACGGGGCUGGUCUGUGUCUCUGCUGGCUGGGGAGGGCUGGACCGACCUGACUGGCUGUGAUUUUGUAAUGGAUCUCUUGGCUGGAGUUGAGGCUGAUGUGCCUCUGGGUCACCCACCCACUCAAACCGAUUACCUCUUUAGCAACACAGGCAACAGUAUGGUAACCACCGACCUGGAUGACUUUAUACCACCUGCUCCCUCUAUGCAAGCCCCUGGUUUCCCCUCCUUUGAAGCAUCCCCAUGGGACACCUAUGAACCCUCUUCCACAUCCCAGGGAUCUCGAGGUCGACAGAUGGAUGCUUACGUUGAUGACCUCUUUGAUUCUGUGUUUGAUCAGGGUCCUCCGGACUUUGAACGGAUGGCCAUGCUGAAUCGUAGAAUGAGAGGAGGCGGAGGUAUGAUGCCCAGCAUGUACACCGGAGCAG